CUCACGUCAGCAACUAUCGAUUCACCUCGACAUGACGCUUCGCUGUCAGGGAGUUUCAUCUUAUUUUCACAAUUGAACUUACUUUAUUGAUUUUCACAGAUAGAAUAACUCAGAAUGGCAUCUGAAACGUCCCUCGUGGCGAAAUUAGAUGCCGUGGUUGCCGAUGUUCUGGCUGACUGGAACAUCUACACGACUCUGAUUGCCGGCGCUCUCCUUGCCUUCGUCGUCAUCUCGUUUGUCACCUCAAAAGACCCUGAUAUCCACCCCUUUCUGCUUGCCCGUCAGUCAACGGCAUUUCCCGUACGACAACCUGGCGAAUCUUCCGCAUACCGCAGUCUGGAAACACCAUAUGGAUUCCCUCUCAGGUCGGGACUUAAUGUUAAAGAUCCGGGUGCACCGAAAUGGACAAGUGGUAGAAAAGGAGACUUGCGGGAUGUCUGGAAGUCGGCCAUCCGUGGAGCUAUAGAGGAGGGAGCAGUUUCUGGAAAACAGGGCAAAAUCUAUACAGUCCUGGGCAGAAAGGCGAUUGAACAUUCAUUGGACCAAAUCACCCAAGAAAUGAAUGUUAUCGGACACAAACUCCAGGAAUCUGAAAAGAAAACUGUUGCUGUCUGUCUCACGGACUCUGUCGAGCUUUUGGCCUCUAUAUUCGCUGGUGCAUUCUAUGGCUUCAAGAUCAUCCUCGUCCCCCACAACCUCCAGUCCGAGACUUUGUCCGCUCAUCUACAGAAGGCAAAGGCCGAUGCUUUGAUUGCCGAGGCUGGUGCGCUUGACUUGUCUGCCGUGGCUAAAGGAAACGAGCAACUUACUCAAGUCAUCUGGGUCGCAAAGCUUGGAAGCAGACAUAUGGAUUGGAAUGAUAUUCCCGGAGAUCUUAAGGGCAGUCUGGAAGUCGCUGUGUGGCACGAAUUGGUCGAAGAAAAGAAAGACUUGGCAGGACUCGAGGUUCCUAGCUGGGACCCGAGCUCGCCUUCCCCUAGCGUGACUACUGUUUGGCCAUCUUCAUCUCAAGAAGGUGACUUUAUUGAAUAUGGACCUGAGAACUUGGUGUCUGGUAUCAGUGCAUUGAACACCGUCUUGGCUCGUAACCAGCGCUUCAACAAAGAUGAUUUGGUCCUCUCGGUUGAUUCCCUUUCUCGUACCUACCCAUUGUGUCAGGUUAUGGCCGCACUCUUCUCGAACGCAUCCAUUGCUUUGAAUUCCGUUGCUGGAGAGAACGUCGACUUCGCAUUGGCUACUGUUGGAGUGUCUCCCACUGUAAUAAUCGCCUCCUCUCGCACGAUGUCUGACUACCAUGAAAAAUUCAUGCGACCUCACUCUGGAAUCGUCUCUUCUAUUUCCCACUGGUUCCAGGCACGCAAAUUGGAUGCCGGGGUCAUGCCAUCUCACAAUCUGACUCAAGUCACGAACCUUGGACCGAUCGCCGAACUGUCUAUCGACAAACUUCGAUUGCUGUGCAUCUCGCACCGUUUUGAUGGUGACAAGGAUGCCCGCUUGACCUCUGAGCAGCUGACGGAUCUAAGAAUCUUCACUGGAGCUCGUGUUGUGUACGCUUUGACCGGCCCGGGAAUUGCUGGUGCUAUCAGCCAGACCAACAUCUUCGACUACCGGAGAUUCCAGGGCCCUAGCCAUUUUGGGUCUCCAUUGAGUAGCGUUGAAGUUGUCCUGACCGGUGUCUCGGAAGGCAACGGGCCUGAAGCAGCUACUGAAGGAAAUAUCACUGUAGCUGGUCCUGCCGUUGUCUCUGGUAGAACGACUCUAUCAGGUCGGGGACACAUCCGCUAUGACAAUACACUGGAGCUCUCCGCAUAG